AUAGGGCAGGGGCUUGGCUAUUGGGGGUCAGCGGGACAGCCCCACGCAACCAGGCCUCUUGAGUGCUGGGCCCACGCCACGCCACCCUGCAGGCGCCACGCGGCGUGGGCGCCCCUAGCGUCCGCAGCGGCACCCACCCUGCAAACCGCAGCCCUGCACUCACAGCAGCACGGGCCGGGGGGAACGUGCCCCGGAACCCCCACAGCGCAGUUGCUGUUUCCCGGCCAGACGGCGGACACCUAAGGGGAGUGCACGCAAAGGGCCCAAGAUGGCGGCGCGCGUAAUGCGGGGCCUUUGCCGGGCGAGGCCGGCGCUGCUUCCCGCCCGGACCCCGCCCGGCUUCGUACACCGAGCCGCCGCCGGCGCCGCCCCCAGCUCCGAGUUCCGAAGCGAAUACGCCCUGGACAGGCUCUAUCCGGAGCAGGCCAGAAGCGACCCCGCGGAGGGCACCCAAGAUGGGACAAAACAAACUUCUCCUGAUAUUCCUGUGGACUGUCUGUCCAUAUCCUAUUGCCGGAGCAGUGGACCCGGAGGCCAGAAUGUUAAUAAAGUGAAUAGUAAGGCAGAAGUUAGAUUCCAUUUGGCAUCAGCAGAUUGGAUUGCAGAAGAUGUGAGGCAGAAAAUAGCAGUGAUGCACAAGAAUAAAAUAAAUAGAUCUGGCGAGCUGAUCAUAAACUCUGAAGUGAGUCGCUACCAAAUGAAGAAUCUGGCAGAUUGCUUGCAAAAAAUCAGAAACAUGAUUAAGGAGGCUACUCAGAAAUCCAGUGUGGUAUCCAAGGAGAAUUCCCAGCUCCUCAUAGCCAGGGUGCAAAAAAUGAAUCGUGAACGACUGAGACAGAAAAAAAUUCAUUCGACUAUAAAACAAAGCAGGAGGGUAGACUUUGAUUGAAGACAGCAACAAAAUUCCCUGGAUGUUGUAUUUUUAAACACAUUGGCCUGGAAACUGAAGAGGAUACGCAAAUUAUAAACGGUCUUUAAAAAAGUCUUUGCUUAAAACAUGUAAAAAUAAAAUGUAAUUUAACAUCA